AUGUCAUCCGAAGAAAGUACACAAAAUGUAUUGAAUGAUGAACAGCUGCAGGAACUUAUGAAUAGAAUGUCUGUGGAGGACCGUAACGAACUUACUGGCAAAUUACAAAAAUGUUCACAAGAGAUGACAUUAACUCAUGGUCUACCGGUUGCUGCCGCUGUGGUAGCCGGUUUAUAUCAUGCGCGCCUUAAAAAUCCCGCACUGUUCAGUGGCCAGAAGGGUUGGCCAUUCUAUGCUUUUGUGGGUAUUGGCGCAUUAACAGCCGUCAACAUCAUCUCAAUUGAGACUUGUCGUAACCAAGCUCAACCGCUAAUAUCACAGUUAUACCACAAGUAUCACUUUGGUCAAGGGACAAAUGACCGUGCUGCAGUUAGAUACCGGCCUCGUGAGGCGUUCGGGUAUCCGGUUUCUGAUAUGGCAACUACUCCUGUGCAAGUCAGGAACUAUGUUGACCCGCAGAGUCCCACUAAUCGCCCGAGUGGCACAUAUGGGAACAGGCAAAUGCCCGAUAUGGAUGGAAGAUUUGGCGAUAUGCAGAUUCCAAGUGAUCGUUUCGGUGGAGGAUAUGGCGAUACGCGGGUUCCGCGUGAUCCUUACGGUGGAGGAUAUGGCGAUACACGGGUUCCACGUGAACCUUAUGGUGGAGGAUACGGUGAUAUGCAGGCUGAUCCAUAUGGCGCUGCCAAGGAACAACUGACUGGAAUGCCUAAUGAACAGAUGACUGGAUUGCCUAAUGAAAAUCUUGAACAAUCAUAUGGUUACACCCCAGAAGUGUUCCCCGAUGGUCAGCCAAGAAGACCAGAGAGCGUGUAUCCCGACGGUCAACCAAGAAGACCAGAGAGCGUGUAUCCCGACGGUCAACCAAGAAGACCAGAGAGCGUGUAUCCCGAUGGUCCACCACGAAGACCAACUUGGCAAGGUUACCCAUACGACCUGCAACCCCCGCCGUAUAUGUCUGGUGCACGUCCACCACCAAGGCCUCAAGGAUCGGAGUGGCACUAAUUACAUUAGCAGUUUGUUAAGUAGAAUCGCUAGCUUAUUGACUUGCUUUUCUCUCACAAUACCUCUUAUGAAGUAUGUUGUACACAGUUUUAGCCCUAUCAUGAAUAGAUCAAUUGUAAACUAAUAAAUGUUA